UCUAUCACAGAAAUGGGGAGAUGAGGAUUGAACCCCAGCCACUUGGGGGGGAUCCCUACAUCUCCCAUGUUCCUCUUUUUUUAGCAACUUAUAGAAAUCACUCCCGUUAACUUGUUAUCUGAAAUUCUUGACACAAGCACACAACGCUUAAACCCUAAACCCUCAAGAAGAAAGAACAGCUUUUUCUGCCUGAACAAUCACAGAAUCUUUCACCCUCAAAAUCACCAUUAAAACCAUUCUUCAAUCUUAUGCUAUCAUCCACAAAAAUCCCUUCAAAUUUACGAUCAUUUCAAUUUUCAUGGAACCCUUCUCUUCCCAGAAAUUUCUAUCCCCAAUUCCUCAAUGCCAAUCCCACCACCCCUUUCAAAACAUUUUCUCUCUCCUCCACCUUCAAAACCACCACCCCAAAUUCAGAUUCUCAGCAACCCUUUAUCAAAAAGCACCAAUUUUUUUCAAAAAUUGGCCUCCCUGUUAUAAUUAGAAAAAAUGGGAGGAAUUAUAAGUAUUUUUGGGAUGAGGGUUUUUUGGAGCUUGUUUGUGUUGAUGAUGGGGACCCACUAACUUUUGUUCAAAGUUUUGAAGUGGGUAUUAGAAAUUUUGUGAAGAUUUUGAGGGAUUUUUUCAUACCAAAGCUAGUUACUGAGAAUUAUAUUGAGUAUGUCAAAUGGAAGUUUUUGCAUCGAGUUUUUAGUUCUUCCCUUCAAGUUCUUGCAACACAGGCGAUGUUUCGAGCAAUUGGAGUAGGGUAUGCUCAGUCUCUUCCGUCUGCUGCAGCUAUGAACUGGGUGUUGAAGGAUGGACUUGGUAGAUUGAGUAGGUGCAUUUAUACAGCUUGUGUAGGUUCAGCUUUCGAUACGAAUUUGAAGAGAGUAAGGUUCGCGACUUCAGUUAUGUUCAGCUUAAGCAUUGGAGUUGAGUUGAUGACCCCUGCUUUUCCAAAUUGCUUCUUGCUGCUUGCUUCCGUGGCCAACAUUGCUAAACAGAUAAGCUUGGCAUGCUACCUGGCAACUGGUACAGCCGUACAUCGGAGUUUCGCAUUAGCUGAUAACUUGGGUGAGGUUUCUGCUAAAGCCCAGAUCCAAACAGUGUGCUUUGAUAACUUGGGUCUUCUAUUGGCUGCAUUAAUAAAUGUUAUGCUCAAGAAUAAUGAAAGAUUGCAAGCAGGUUUGCCGUUUGUGGUAUACCCCAUAUUCUCAGCAAUUGACUUGUGUGGAAUUUACCAAUCGCUGAAGCAUGUGCAUCUGCAGACUUUAACCAAGGAUAGGCUUGAGCUGAUUCUCGACAAAUGGAUUCAGUGUGGAUAUGUCCCAUCACCAGCUGAAGUAAGCAAGCUGGAAGGAAUUAACCUUCUGGAGGCUGCUCAUGAGGUUGAAACAGGAAGAAAGAAAGGAGAUUGGCCAAUUAGAAUUGGUUGCUUGGAUCCCAAGAGACAGAUACCUGGACUGACCAUGUUGACAAUGAACUCUCUGAGCAGGGAGGAUUUCUAUUUCAUCUGCUUAGAAACCUGCUAUGGACUAAGAUCUGGAAAACAAGGAAUUCUUCUUUCUCUAAGAGAAGGUGCAAGAACAGAGGAUAUCAUUAUGGGUUUGUUGCAGGCAUGCUACAUUCGUCAGACACUUCUUUCAUGCAGCAGCAAGUGGAAGAAUGUCAUAGAAGAUUUCCAUAUCUCAAAUUCACAUAUCAUGAAGUGGUUGGAGUUGUCUCAAGAUAGUAAGAGUUUUGCGCAGUCAAACCUUAACACACUGCAUAAACAAAUGUUAGAUUUGAGUUGGGCUACCAAGAAUAUUUUGCUAGGCACACAUGAACAAGCUCGAUACGUUUUUGAUGAUAAAUGAGUUUUAAUUGUUUUUUUUUUCCUGGCUCACAAUGUAUAAAGUAGUUGUUUUGAAUUGGCUUUGCCACAAAAUUUUGAUACAUAAAAAUUUAUAAAAGUAGGUGAGCACAAAUCACCUGUUUGUAACUGAAUGUCACAUGUUCAGACAUCAUAUACAUCAAUACAUGUAAAUAAAGAUAUUCCGUGGGUUGCCCACUUGCCCA